CAGACGAGGAGUGAAGGCAACGCUUUCGUUGGGGAUUCAGUCACUACGGUGUGAUUUUCGGAUGUUUUGAGCUUUGACAGUUUGAGAUACUUAAAAACAUGGGAACGAAGAGUCCGCGACAGCCAGGGGCUCGAGACCAUGCCUGAAGCGCGAUGCCUGUAAACCUGCCUCUACAGUAAUACUGCCACCCGGAAACUCACCCCGCGAGCCCGACUUUUUCUCUACCUUCCACUCAUUUCGGGCGGCACUUUGCCACGAGCAUUGAUCAUGCGAUGACUGAGCUCGACUUGGGCAUAUCUACAUUAACAAUAACAGGGGGUGAAUGAUGGCCGAAGAUGGGGGAAAUCCGUCAGAGGACCAAAGGGUGAGGGAAGCAGAGGGCAGGUCGUCUCUUCCCCGGACCUUCAUCCGACUUAACGACCUGUCCGGCGGAGGAGAGCGAAGCGAAGUGGAGACCGUUGGACCGGGGGCGAAAGAAAGCGGAGCCGCUGCGGAGGAAGGCUCGUCUAGCGGUGGACAAGCUUUACCCUACCCGUCCUUGGCACCAGUGGUGUUUUUCUACCUGAAGCAAACCACCCGGCCUCGGAGUUGGUGUCUGAAAAUGGUCUGCAAUCCGUGGUUCGAGCGAGCCAGCAUGCUGGUAAUCCUGCUGAACUGUGUGACGCUGGGCAUGUUCCAGCCCUGCGAGGACAGCAAGUGCGUCUCCGAGCGCUGCAGGAUCCUGCAGGACUUUGAUGACUUCAUCUUCGCCUUCUUUGCUGUGGAGAUGGUUAUAAAGAUGGUGGCUCUGGGGAUCUUCGGGAAGAAAUGCUACCUUGGAGACACGUGGAACCGGCUGGACUUCUUCAUCGUGCUGGCUGGGAUGCUGGAGUACUCGCUGAACCUGCAGAAUGUCAGCUUCUCGGCCGUCCGCACGGUCAGGGUCCUGCGUCCUCUCCGAGCCAUCAACCGCGUUCCCAGCAUGAGGAUCCUGGUCACCCUGCUGCUGGACACACUUCCCAUGCUGGGCAACGUGCUGCUGCUCUGUUUCUUCGUCUUCUUCAUCUUCGGCAUCGUGGGGGUGCAGCUGUGGGCGGGCCGGCUCCGAAACCGCUGCUUCCUGCCGGAGAACGUCACCCUUCCCAUGUCCGUAGGGCUGCAGGAAUACUUUCACACGGAGAAUGACGACGAGAACCCCUUCAUCUGCUCGAAGACUGACGACGACGGCAUGCGGCACUGCAACUCCCUGCCGAAGCUGCAGGAGGACGGGCUGCAGUGCCAGCUGGACUACAGCGCCUACAACAGCACUGACAACACCACCUGCGUCAACUGGAACAACUACUACACCAACUGCUUCGCCGGGGCCAACAACCCCUUCAAGGGCGCCAUCAACUUCGACAACAUCGGCUACGCCUGGAUCGCCAUCUUCCAGGUGAUCACUCUGGAAGGAUGGGUGGACAUUAUGUACUUUGUGAUGGACGCCCACUCCUUCUACAAUUUCAUCUACUUCAUCCUCCUGAUCGUAGUAGGAUCCUUCUUCAUGGUCAACCUGUGCCUGGUGGUCAUCGCCACGCAGUUUUCGGAGACCAAGCAGAGGGAGAGCCAGCUGAUGAAGGAGCAGCGGGUGCGCUUCAUGUCCAACGCCAGCACGCUGGCCAGCUUCUCCGAGCCGGGCAGCUGCUACGACGAGCUGCUGAAGUACCUGGUGUACGUGGUGCGCAAGGGCACCCGGCAGCUGUGCCAGCUGGCCCGGGAGGCGGCCCUGAGGACGGGGCUGCGGGUGCGGGCGGCCCCGGUCCCCGAGCAGCCCUCCCACAAGAGGAGGCGGCGGAAACACGCGCAGGGCUCCGUCCACCUGGUGCACCACCAUCACCACCACUACCACCUGGGCAACGGCAGCGUGCCCCCGGGGCGGCCGGGCCCAGAGCCGGGCGACGUGGAGACGGGGUCCCUGCACAACGGCGCUGGUCGCCUCGUGCUCCCGCCCUCGCCCGCGCCCGGGAGCGAGUCCGUGCGCAGCGUUUACCACGCCGACUGCCACAUCGAGCCGCCCAGACCUUCCCCCACCUCCGCCCUCGGCCCUGCGUCUGCCCCCGUCCCCGCCCGGCAGGGCCUCAAGAGGAACUCUAUGCCCUGCACCUUGCCCACAGCACCCAAAAACUACCCCACCUUGCACCCCUCCUCCUCCCUGGAGCAACCCAUCCAGAGGGCCCUGACAGACCCUUCGGGGAGCGGCUGUGGUACCAGCAUCCUCACCAACCUCAACAUACCCCCACCGGCCAUCUGCACUACCCAGUGCCUUGUGGAGACGUACAGUCCUACAGGCAAAGGUCUCUGCAAGUUCACCGCGACCAACUGCAGCAGCAGCAACAUAGAUACCAGCAUGAGCUUUGACCCCGAGAGCUGCCCCUACUGCGCCAAGUCUGCGUGCAACGAUUCGGACGGCACCGACGGGAACGAGACUCACGACUCGGACAGCGAGGGAGUUUACGAGUUCACGCAGGAUGCGCACUACCGGGACAGCAGGGACCCCAACAAGGAGCGCUCGAUUAGGACAAAACUGGGAGUUCGCACUAAGCAGGUGCUGCGCUUCUGGAGGAUGGUGUGCAACACUUUCCGCAAGAUUGUGGACAGCAAGUACUUCGGCCGGGGCAUUAUGAUAGCCAUCCUCAUCAAUACACUCAGCAUGGGCAUCGAAUUCCAUGAACAGCCUGAUGAGCUGACCAAUGCCCUGGAGAUCAGCAACAUUGUCUUCACUAGCCUCUUUGCUCUGGAGAUGCUGCUGAAGGUUCUGGUGUACGGGCCCUUCGGUUACAUCAAGAACCCCUAUAACAUCUUCGACGGCAUCAUCGUGGUGAUCAGUGUGUGGGAGAUCGUUGGCCAGCAGGGUGGGGGUCUGUCGGUGCUGCGGACCUUCAGGCUGAUGCGGGUGUUGAAGCUGGUGCGCUUCAUGCCAGCUCUGCAGAGGCAGCUGGUGGUGCUGAUGAAGACCAUGGACAACGUGGCCACCUUCUGCAUGCUUCUCAUGCUCUUCAUCUUCAUCUUUAGUAUACUGGGAAUGCACCUGUUUGGCUGUAAGUUUGGUUCGGAGCGAGAUGGGGAUACUCUGCCAGACCGCAAGAACUUUGAUUCUCUGCUCUGGGCGAUUGUCACAGUGUUCCAGAUUUUGACCCAGGAGGACUGGAACAAGGUGCUGUACAACGGCAUGGCCUCCACCUCUCCGUGGGCAGCACUCUACUUCAUCGCUCUCAUGACCUUUGGCAACUAUGCCCUCUUCAACCUGCUGGUUGCCAUUUUGGUGGAAGGGUUCCAAACCGAGGAAAUAGCCAAGCGGGAGGACAUGCAUGGCCAGCUCAGUUGCAUUCAGCUUCCGGUAGACUCAGGGGGGGACGCGUCCAAGUCUGAGUCCGAGGCUGACGUCUACGCCCGCAGCAUGGAGGACAUGCAAGGCAGUAAGAAAGAUGUGUCCGCAUCAUCAGUGGUGCCCAGCAAUGGGCAUGUGGACAUGAAGACCAGCCUGACUCCUCCCCUCAUCACCCACACUGCUGCCACGCCAAUGCCCGUGCCCAAGAUCUCAGGUGGGGGGGAGCUGGCCCUGGGUUUUGAGUCCCGCAGGGGUAGCAAUGUGUCUGUGGAUCCCAGCUUCCACGAUGCCAAGUCACCGUCGAGUGCACGCAGCUCCCCGUACGCUCCCUGGAGCACGGCCAGCAGCUGGAACAGCCGGCGGUCCAGCUGGAACAGCCUGGGCCGGGCCCCCAGCCUCAAGAGGCAGAAGCGGCAGUCCGGGGAGCGUCGCUCGCUGCUGUCGGGGGAGGGCCAGUCCAGCUCCGACGAGGAAGGGGGGGUGGGGGGGACCUCGGAGGGCGACGACGCCUCCCUCUCCCGGACCGACUCUCUGCACCAGCACCGGCGCAUGGAGUCCCUGGAGACCAAGAGCUCCUUCGAGCUCCCGCCCGACACGCUCCAGGUGCCCUCCUACCUGUACCGCUCGGCCAGCAUGCACAGCACCCGGCCCCCCAACCUCAGCUCCUCCGACUGCAACGGGAAGAGCUCCCCCAGCGCCGCCCUGCCCCCGCAGCUGUCCCUGGACGACCCGCACAGCGAGGACGACAACGCCGACGAUGAGGUCAACAUGAGUCGCAAAGCCAGGCUGUUCCGGUGGUUCGAGACGAGGCAGCCGGAGUGGUGUCGCCAGAGGAACACCUGGUCUCUCUACCUGUUCCCCCCGCAGUCCAGGUUUCGUGUCACGUGCAGUAAGAUCAUCAAACACAAGAUGUUUGAUCACAUCGUGCUGAGCAUCAUCUUCCUCAACUGCAUCACCAUCGCCAUGGAGAGGCCCAGGAUCGAUCCUACCAGUGCUGAGCGCAUCUUUCUGAGGGUGUCCAACUAUAUCUUCACCUCCAUCUUCGUGGCUGAGAUGACAGUAAAGGUGGCUGCUCUGGGCUUCUGCCUCGGUCAAAACGCCUACCUGAAAAGCAGCUGGAACAUGCUGGACGGCAUGCUGGUGAUGAUCUCCGUCAUCGACAUCCUGGUGUCCAUGAUCUCCGACAGCGGGACCACGAUCCUGGGCAUGCUCAGAGUGCUACGGCUCCUCAGGACCCUACGGCCCCUCAGGGUGAUCAGCCGAGCACCGGGCCUGAAGUUAGUGGUGGAGACCCUGAUGUCCUCUCUGAAGCCCAUCGGGAACAUCGUGGUUAUCUGCUGCGCCUUCUUCAUCAUCUUCGGCAUCCUGGGAGUGCAGCUCUUCAAGGGAAAAUUCUUUGUGUGUGACGGGGAGAACAUCAGAAAUAUCACCAACAGGUCUGACUGUGUUCUGGCCAAUUACAAGUGGAUCAGGCGGAAGUAUAACUUUGACAACCUGGGGCAGGCCUUGAUGUCUCUAUUUGUUCUGGCAUCCAAAGAUGGCUGGGUGGACAUCAUGUACGAUGGACUAGAUGCUGUCGGGGUGAACCAACAGCCUGUGGUGAACUACAAUCCCUGGAUGCUCCUGUACUUCAUCUCCUUCCUGCUGAUCGUGGCGUUUUUUGUGCUCAACAUGUUUGUGGGCGUGGUGGUGGAGAACUUCCACAAGUGCCGACGCCACCAGGAAGCGGAGGAGGCCAAGCGGCGGGAGGAGAAGAGGCUGAAGCGCAUGGAGAAAAAGAGAAGGAAUGUAAUGCUGAGACGUGUCAGUUGGGCUGGCUCAGGAGACACAGAGACAGAAGCCCAGACUAAGCCCUACUACUCCGACUACUCCCCCACUCGGCUGUUGAUUCACAAGAUGUGCACCAGCCACUACCUGGACCUUUUCAUCACCGUGGUUAUCGGUCUCAAUGUCAUCACCAUGGCGAUGGAACACUACCAGGAGCCAGAGAGGCUUUCUGAAGCUCUGAAGAUCUGUAACUACAUCUUCACCCUCAUCUUCGUCCUGGAAUCUGUCUUCAAGUUGGUGGCCUUUGGUUUCCGCAGGUUUUUAAAAGACAGGUGGAACCAGCUGGAUCUGGCCAUCGUACUGCUGUCCAUCAUGGGAAUCACUUUGGAGGAGAUCGAGGUCAAGGCUUCCCUACCCAUCAACCCCACUAUCAUCCGCAUCAUGAGGGUCCUGCGCAUUGCUCGUGUUCUGAAGCUGCUGAAGAUGGCUGUGGGAAUGCAAGCUCUGUUGGACACGGUGAUGCAGGCCCUGCCUCAGGUGGGGAAUCUGGGACUUCUCUUCCUGCUGCUGUUCUUCAUUUUCGCAGCGCUGGGAGUGGAGCUUUUUGGUGAACUAAUAUGCGAUGAGGACCAUCGUUGUGAGGGUCUGGGCCGCUACGCCACCUUCAAGAACUUCGGCAUGGCGUUGUUCCUGCUGUUCCGCGUUUCCACCGGCGACAACUGGAACGGCAUCAUGAAGGACACCCUGCGUGACUGCGCCCAGGAGGAGGGCCUCUGCUACAACACGGUGGUGUCGCCCCUCUACUUCGUGUCCUUCGUGCUGACGGCGCAGUUCGUGCUGGUCAACGUGGUCAUCGCCGUCCUCAUGAAGCACCUGGAGGAGAGCAACAAGGAGGCCAAGGAGGAGGCCGAGCUGGAGGCGGAGCUGGAGCUGGAGAUGCAGCUGCAGGCCAUCGGAGGAGAGGGGGGGCCCCUCUCUCCCCUGGCCCUGGGAGAGGGGAUGUGCUCUGGGGGGCCUCCCUGGAUGUCUGGGGAGCUGCAGGACAGAGGAGACUCCCCAGCCAGCCCUCCCGCUGACAUCCCCAGAGACCCUGCGCACAUAACAGCCGACUCAUCUCUCUGCCUGGAGCCUCCUUUCAUGCGGAGGGCCAUGUUUGACUCAGUGUCCCUGGUGAUCCAGGGCUCACUGGAAGGGGAGCUCAGCCUCAUGGACAACCUGUCAGGCUCCAUCUACCACUACUACGCCCUGCCCCUUCUGCCCUGCAAGUACAGCGCUGAGAAACAGAUCCCUCUAGCGGAGAUGGAGGCUCUGUCUCUGGCGUCGGAGAAAUCCUGGUCCUUAGCUCUGACGGACGACUCCGUCCCAGAUGAUUUUAACCCCCUCUUACUAACCAGUCUGGAUAGCAAUAUGGAGGUCCCAGACGACAGCGAGCAGCUGGAAGAGAACCUCCUGGGCGUGAGGAAGACGUUGGUGGGCCGCACGCACUCCCUGCCCAACGACAGCUACAUGUUCCUGCCUGUGCAGAUCCCCGGGGCCCCAGAGGGGCCACACAAGCUCUCCUCUCACAGGGCCCAGUCAGGCUCCAGCGGCUCCCUGUACUCCCAGCCCAAGGACCCGCCGCUACCCCUGCCCCCGCCCAACGAGCUGCUCCAGCCAAUCAGCCCCCACAGUCUCUCUGACUCUGAGAACAUCCCCCGCAUCCCGCCCCCCCAGCGCACACACUCCUUCACCCGCACCCUGCGCCGACAGGUCGCGGUGGCCACUGACUCGCAGGAGGCUCUGUACGCAGAGGAGAGCGACGCGGCCCCGGAGCUCAGGGGACUGCCAGCGCCCCCUGCUGGCCUCACCUCGCCACAGCAGCCCGCCGUGCUCCUGGUUCCAGCCACGCCCGGGGCCUCUCCCAAAUCAGCGCGCUCCAGCGUGCACACUCAGCACAACCCCCACGACCAGUACAACGUCUCCAAGUCCCCCCCCGCGGCGCCCCCGCCCCCCUCGCCCCCGCCCGGCCGGCAGGACGAGGACGCCGUGGACCAGGAGGUGUCGCGCAUCAUCCGGGCGGGGCUGGGGGGCAGCGCGGGCGAGGGCGGGGGCGGGGGCCGGGGCGAGGGCCGGGGCCCCUGCCUGCGGGGGCUGAAGAAGUUCCACAGCGCGGACACUCAGGGGCGGCGCGCGCUGCUCCCGCGGCCGGCCUCCUGGCUGGACGACCCGCGCCGGCACUCGGUGGAGGUGUGCUCGUCGGCGGAGAGCAGCCCCCAGCGCAGCUCCGUGUCCUCGGGGUUCGUGUCGCGCGCCGACAGCCUGCAGCAGGCCCACAUGCAGCCCUCCCCGCGCCGCAAGAAGAAGAUGAGCCCGCCCUGCAUCUCCGUGGACCCGCCCGAGGGCCGGGAGCAGCCGGCGGACAGCUGCCUGCGGCGCCGCGCCCCCUCCAGCGACUCCAAGGACUCCUUCGACCUGAGCGGAGGGGACGGCCCGCCCCCGGACCCGAAGCUGUUGACUCUGCCCAGCUUCUGCUUCGAGCAGACGAGCGGCGAGCGCUAAGCACCGACCGCCCCGGCGCACACCCACACACACUGAAAGUGCUAGUCAUAGUAAUAAUGCUGUAGAGUAAUAAUUAUAAUAAUGAUCAUUACAACUAUGGUAAACAGUCAACGAUCAUGAAGAAUAGUGACCAUCAUCAUUUUUUUCUGUACUGCCAAAACAAACAAACAAUCAACAAAGCAACAAAGCUAUACACAGUAUAAGCCAGAUAUCAGAAGCAGAAACCAGAGAUAAUAACUAUGACUGUUCCACCUCCAAACACUUGCAGUCCUUUGCAGAUGAAGCCCGUGUUCUCCUCUGAGAAGUCAGCACUGGGCCGGACAGGGCGCCCUCUGUUGGCCGCUGUGGGGACUGCUCAGUGCUGCUGUUACGGAACUGUGCCCAGGAAAGGGCAGUCUUGGAGGUACAAAGCAAUAUGAACGUUUUAGAGACCCUAUUUUCUUAAAUUAUUCGGCCAUAGUGUUUGUACAGGAUGUAGAAUUUUUUAUUUCAUUCUAUUUUUAUUUGUUAUUUUUGUGAUUUGUUUUCCAAUGUUAAAUUGUUUGUUGUUUUGUUUUAUUUUUUCACCAUAGGAUAUUUUUAGCUUUAUGGUUUUGACAAAAAAAGAAAGAAAAAACAUUUUUCAAAGUGCUGAGAUCCAUGUAUUUGUAGGAAUAAUAUAAAAAACCAACUCAUUAAACUGCUUUUUUGAUUUCUAAGCACAAGCAAUAGACCGCAGUGCAUUGAAUAUACACAGAAAACAGAUUGUGUAAUUUUACAUUGAAAAAAUAAGACAUUUAGGUACAUUUGUCAGUACACAGCCAGGUUUACCAAAAACAUGCUUUUAAAGAUGUAUGCACCAGAACAGAGAAGUCACACGUAGUCUUUAGUAAUGGACUGUUUGGUCUCUUGAAUGGCCGGGGAAAUGCAAACUAGAGAGAUACAGGUGCUAUCCCUAUCUCCUGAUAUAGCAUCAUAGAGCCACAGCCGUCUCUCUGUCUCAUGUCCUGGAUCUGGGAAUGUCUCAACAGCAGAUCAGCAUAUUGUACCCAGCCUAAAUGUAAUUAAAUUUUAGGGAUUUUUCUUGAAAGGUUUUACAUGUGAGUUUCAAAACAUAAUGUUUGACUGCUGGAAAAAAUAUAUAUUUUUCAUGUGUCAGUUAUCUAGCAAAUUUACAUGUAAUUUAAUGGAAAAGGUGUUUUCUAUCUUAACUUUGGCCAUUUAGAGUUGGCUGUCCACAUCACAGGCCAUGACAUGUAGUUUCAACCCAUUAACAGUGUUUUUUGUACUCUUGUCAACAUGACAUGAAGGUAAAAAGCUAGCAGUCACUUGUAUUACAGGUUGCUCUUGAAUGGAUAUCAGUUAUGCCAUUUAGGUAGAAAUGGAAAAUCCUCAAUGUGAUAUCAAUUCCACCAGUAAAAGAGCUGUACCGUUUUUUCUGUUGAUUAUUUUUGUUUAUUUAUUUAUUAUUUAUUACAGUCACAAACUGGAUUCUGGUUUUCUCCUCACCCACAAUCAGGACUCACAUCAGAUUUAUACAUUGUGUGUAACCACCCUAGUUAAAUCAGGUGGAUUCCUCUUUAGGAUCAGAACAGUAGCACUUUGUUAUUGCUAGUUUAUUGGUAUAACAACUCACUUUGAUGAGUUACUGUGUAUUAAAACUAGCUAUAAAUUAGAGCUAGAGUUUUUACAAAGUUAUUAAUGCAUUAUUGAAUGUAUAUACUGUAUUUUCUUUAUCUAUGAAGUUGUUAUAACUCGAUCUGACAGAUGGAACCAAAAUUAUCAGAAGAUGAUGGAAAAUCCAGAAUAUUUAAAACGAGCUAGCGUGCUAAUUUCUCAAAAGCCUUCAAGGUAUAGUCUCCAGCAUACUAUUUACCACCCUCUUCACAGACAGUGGCCCGAGAGAGAAGUGAGUCAGAAGAUGGAUGGAUUCCACAAUGGAUUCCAAACUCUAAAGAGCAAAAAUAACAAUGCAGCACAAGGUCAUUAAAAUGAAGAAACCCCAAGAAAUCUAAUCAUCACUCAAAGUAAGAAAGGCAAAGUUUAUAUUACAUCAUAGCAAGCAGGCUCCUGCCUCCCCAGGUGAAUUAAGCGUACAUUAAAUUAUACAAAUCAAAGCUGAGGAACAAGUGGCAGGUCCCCAGGCUGUGAAAACAAAGGAGAGCUUGUUAAGCACAGCUCUUGUCAGCGGAGAGACUGUGGCGGUGGAGGGAAAAAGUUUCCGGAAAACACCGGGCUUAAUUUUGAUUUUGCCAGCAAGAGUACCUACACCACACGCUGAACAGCUGGUAUUGUGACUGCUGAUUUCAGAUUGGAUUUUACAUUAUUAAACACACUUGUGCAAAUACCGUCCA